CUCCCGAGUGCUCCCCCGAGGGACACCGCAUCCUCCGCAAUCCCUACCGCAGCACCAGGUUUGACUCGCUGGAGCUGCAGCGAACGGCGAUUCAGGACCUGGUUUGUGACCACUCCUUGCCACCAGCAUGGUACCGUUUCAUGAUCGACAGCAGGCCCGCAGAAAUGCCAACGAGAUGUGUCGAAAUGAAUAAAUGCGGGACGCAAGCUCCGGUGUGGCUGUCGCUGAAGUCUGAAUCCCUGCCGGUUCCCGGCGAGAGCAAGCGGCUCACAGGCUGUGCUACCUGGCAGGUCUUCUUCGGGGGCACCAAGGACUGCUGCUUGUUUCGGAUACCCAUCGCCGUCAGGAACUGCGGAGGAUUCUUCGUAUAUCUCCUGCAGCCUACUCAAGGAUGCAUGGGCUACUGCGCGGAAGACAAACUGACAAGCCUGGCUUUGCAACCAGUGAUAACUCCUGAGCUUGUGCAGGGUCGCGUCCACCUGAAGUGCACCUACAGCCGCCCCUUCUCAAAGCUGCCGCUGCAAUACAUGGUGGUCUGGUCGCGCCUGUCCACCCCUGGCAAGAAAGAGCAGAUUCAGCGUGACACCACCCUGCAGUCAUUUUCCUACAUCGAGAUGAACGGCAUAAAUCUCAGAUUGGGAGACACGGUCUUUUGCACUGUCACUGCUUUUACGAGGGACACUCCUGAGCAGCAGUCAUUGCCUGAAGAGAGUAAAGGUUUCUAUGCCGGGAUUAAGUUUUUACCAGAAUCGUUACAAAUUGCAGAGGAUGGCAAAGAGCAUGUUUUGACUGUUCUGAGCACUGUGCCCAUUGCCUGUCCUGGGCAUGAUGAUUCCUGUAAAAUUACUUUACAGCUAAGUACUGAGGAUUUGGAUAGCCAAUUACUGGGGCCCCCAGACAUCGCCCUUUCGGUGUGCCAGGUGGAUCUGCUGCGGGCGCCCUGCUCGGAAAGCAGCUGUGCAGCAGCCGCGCUGACAGUGACAGCCGUGACAGACUUUGCUCAGGAUGGGAACCGCAUCAGCCGCAUCAGAGCUGAGCCAGUCGGACGGAGGGAUUUGCUUUGGAGGGCUUACACACCCAAGGAUGUGAAGGUCACAGUUCGAGACCUCCCAACAGGGAACUGCUACUCUUUCACUGAUCCACACAUUAUCACAUUUGAUGGAUGGCGCUACGAUAACUAUAAAAUCGGCACCUUCCUUUUGUGCCAGAGCGUGUCGCGGGCGUUUGAAGUACACGUUCGGCAGUGGGACUGCGGAAGCCACCGCUCGGCCACCGCCUGCAAUUGCGGCGUAGCUGCGCGAGAGGGGGGUGACACCGUGGUGCUGGACACCUGCAAUGGUCAUUUUUGGGAGAGCAGACCCCAGCUAGCCGUCAAAAGCACUGAGGCAUCACCACAUGUCAAAAUCCUAAAGUCCUACGGAGGGAGAAAAAUAACAAUCCUGUUCCCUUCGGGAGCGUUUGUGCGAGCCGACGUGAGUGAGUGGGGAAUGGGUUUGACGGUGAGGACGCCGGGCAGCGACUUCAACAGCACCAGAGGUUUGUGUGGCCUCUUUGACGGGAUCGGUCACAACGACCUGAGCAACGUGCCCGAGGAAGACUUCAUAGAGGAGUGGAGAAUACCUCCAGGGAGGAGUUUAUUUGACAAGACUCCAGCACCUUCUGAGGGGAAGCAAAGGAAAAAUUACUGCAGAUGUCAGAAGCAGAGCACUAAGUCUGUGCCCGUGGUAAACGCGCUGAAUGCCUUUCAGACUCCUUUCCCUCAAUCCUCUGGUUGCCAUUAUGAUCAUGUGGAUUACACCUCUGCAAUCCCGUAUCUAGAUGUUACGCCAGAGUUUGUCACUCAGUCAGAAACAGAGCCUACUUUAAGAAAAGACAAGAAACUGUCGACCAAGUCUUUUGAUCAAAGACAUCUGCCUAAAUUAGUCCAAAAGCGAGGUAGCCCCAAGGAUCGACUAAAACCCCUUGCACACAAUGUUUCCAUGAAAAAGGACAGUUCCAUUAACACUACCAAACGAACAGAAGACCUACAGAGAACAAAAAGGCAAGAAGACUAUUAUGAGUACUUACCCCUUCGCUCAUUGCAUGGCCUAAGCCAGAGAGACUCAGAGAGCUUUGCGUAUUUUUUCCCAGAGGAUUACUUUGAAGGGAUUCGGACAAAACUUCCACUGGCAUGGCCCACUCCCAAUGGCCUAACCGCCGCCAAAGCUCGGGAGAUUUGCCACCAAAUUCUUGCAAAUUCCACCAUUGGCUUAGUGUGUAAAGGCCUCCUUGGAAAACAGAUGGAUGAGGCAAUUGAUAUAUGCCUUUCAGAUCUGCAGCUCAAAGAUGACGUGGCUUGGGUGAGGGCACUAACAGCCCUUUUGGAAAAUGAAUGUGAAAGAAGAGUGCUAGGAAACAGAAACAGAGGGUUUCAUGUAGGAAAUCAGCCAUCUGCUACCCAGGAGGAAAUCCUCACCGUCCUCCGGUGUCCUGCUUUCUGUAACAGCAAUGGGCAAUGCACUGAACUGGGCUGCCAAUGCUUUGAAGACCACAGCUCCUAUGAUUGUAGCAUUGCCAAAAAGCACGCUUUGGAAAUCACAGGCUUAGAGAACGGGGGCCUCUGUGACGUCCGAGCAUCCGACUGCACCAGGAUCCGGGUGUUUGGCCUCGGCUUCAAAGAGUCGCCCAACCUGCACUGCGAGGUCACCAGAUUAAUUCAUCUCAAUGGCGAAUGGAUAUCAAGAGAACAAGAAACCACAAAAGCAGGUUUUCUCAGCUCUGAGGCUGUUGACUGCCAGAUUCCUCUCCUGAACAUCACAGAGACAGAGGCUGUGCACUUUGUGGCCGGUGAUGAGCCGUUCGCAAGAUGGGUGAUUAGGUCAGCAGUACCCUUCUGGAAGGAAAGGAAGAUUGCUCUUGUCCUUGGUGAACAGCUGGGAAUGCUCAGGGACAGAGACUCCUUGAAAGUGCAAGACAACCUGCCUCCUGUGCUCCAGGCCCCCUCAAGCCAGCUGCUGACAUUUGUUGGUGAGAAUUUUGUUUACCAGUUAAUAGCAGUGGAUCCGGAAGGGUCAGCUGUGCUAUUCAUCUUAGAGGCUGGGCCACAGGAUGCCAGGCUCUCUCCUGCUGGCCUUCUUAUCUGGAAAGUUGAUUCAGAAGAAAUGCAGACCUUUGAAUUCAUUGUGUCGGAUGAAUGCAAUGCACAGAGCAGAUACUCCAUCGAG